AUGGGUCAUCUGAAUUCAAGUCUUUUGAAUCUUCUGUUUCUAUUCUUCUCAUCGACACGGUGUCAGCAUAUUCGGAACGAUGAUUUUCUAACGAGAACGGAAGAGAAGCUGACAACAGAUAGGGAUUUUUACGAUCAGUGGAUGGAGUUGAUCACAUUACAGAACUCUCAACUAGAAGAGCAACAAACUGACUAUCCUCUGGAUUAUGUUUUGACAGAUCUUGCUCAAUGUGGUCCUCGAAAAACUGCAGUUCCAGCACUGAAUGACGUUCAUCAUUUGCAAGCGAAUUCGAUUAAAAUUUAUGGAGAAUUGGGACAACUCUCUUCGUAUUGUCCCAGUAAUUAUACUUUGUUACAGAAAGGAAUCUUGGGGCCAUGUAAUCUUCGAUCUUCUGAAAUGUCACUCCCCUCUCUUCCAUCAAUGCUUCAACUUCGUGGAGCACAACUUCAAAAGAUUGAAUCAAAUCAAUUAGAUGAAUCAUUAGCGGAUCAAGCAAGAGAUAUUGGGGAGAAUAUUCGAAGAAUUGAAGGAUUCGAGAAUGAAUGGAAAAUGAUUGUGAUUCUGGCGACGAUUCAAGAUGGAAAGGCUUCUGAAACAGGACAAACGGCAGUCGAAGUACUUGCAGCUAUCGAAGAAUUACAAAAAUUGAUUCCAGAGAAAACGUUUAUCGUAGUUCUCAGAUCAUCUGGAAGUGGAAUCUGGAGAGAUGCAAGUCAUCAAUCUCUGGCUUGUAAAAGUCAAUUGGCUCAAUGGAAAGUACACAAUAAAUUCAAUUACAAUUCGGUGUGGGAUCAGGUUGAAAUAAUCGUCGAGAAAAACUACCGAAAGCCUCAAUUCCACGUAGAAGUUCUUCCACUUCUCAAAGAUCCAGGCCUCACUAAUCUUCCAGAUGGUGUGGAUCUCAGUGUUCUCGGCUACGACUGCGCUCAUUUCUCUGAGCGAGGGCUCUCUCUUCUUCAUCUUGCCGUUUGGAAUUCUCUUUUCACAAGAAAUUCAGCAAGAGAAUCACAAUAUCGACCGACAGCUUCUCAAGUUUUGUGUCCCGAUCCAACAUGUCCAUUUAUCCGGACUCCUUCGAACUCUGACAUGUGCAUUUGGACGGGUACAAUGCCUGACGACGAAUUCUAUUGGGUUGAUUACCUGAUAUUCAUUGGCAUCUGGGUUCUCCUGAUGGUUCUUCUAGUGAUAAUCUUCUACUGCAUUUGCGUUACAAGAAGAGUUGCAUCCGAGAAGACGCCUACCAAAGCUUUUGGAGCAAGCUUUAGUUCGAUUAAAUUUAUAGAUGAGGACGUUGUUUAG